AAAAGGUACAGGGUUGCAGGUUCUUCGGUACCUCCUCUAGCUGAGCUGUGUCUGCAGUGGAACCAGAGAAUCCUCUUAACCAUGAGGCUACUCAUCCAGAUCCUCACCAUCUGCCUGGCACUCUCUGUCUGCCUGGCAGCUCCCACCAACGACCACGGCAACGACCACGGCAAUGACCAUGGCAAUGACCACGGAAAUGACCACGGCAAUGACCACGGAAAUGACCACGGCAAUGACCACGGAAAAGGCCAUGGAAAUGACCACGGCAAUGACCACGGCAAUGACCAUGGCAAACACCAUCACGGUCACUUUGAUCGCUGCCAGGAAUUAGUGUUUGAUGCUGCAAUUGAGAACAAGGAAGGAGUCCAUUACUUCUUUAAGGAUGAUCAUGUGUUUAAGGGGUUCCAGGGUGAGGGUGAGCUUACAAAUAAGACCUUCCCUGAGCUGGAUGACCAUCUUCUGGGACACGUGGAUGCAGCAUUCCGUAUGCCAUCUGAGGACAGUCCUGACCACCAUGAACACCUGUAUUUCUUCCUGGAUGACAAGGUUUUCAGCUAUGAAAAUCACAAGCUGGAAGAAGGAUACCCAAAAGCUAUCUCUGAAGUAUUCCCUGGUAUUCCAGAUCAUUUGGAUGCUGCAGUUGAGUGCCACAACCCUGACUGUCCCAAAAACACUGUGGUCUUUUUCAAGGGCCAUGAAAUCUACCACUAUGACAUUGAAAGCAAGGAGGUCCAUGAGAAAGAAUUCAAAAGCAUGCCCAACUGCUCUGCUGCCUUCCGCUAUGCGGGACAUUAUUACUGUUUCCACGGCCACGAUUUCUCUAAGUUCGACCCCAACACUGGAGAAGUUAAUGGCAAAUAUCCAAAGGAGGCCCGUGAAUACUUCAUGAGCUGUCCCCAUUAUGGUGAGAAGACUGAGGCAGAACACAUUGAGAGAGAGCAGUGCAGCCAUGUGCACCUGGAUGCCAUCACUGAGGAUGAUGAUCAUGAUCUGUUUGCUUUCAGAGGUCACCACUAUCUCAGUAAGAUUGAUGGCAAAUAUCAUGCUGGCACUAUUGAGAGUGGAUUUAAAGGUCUUCAUGAUGACAUCGAUGCUGCCUUUUCCCAUGAAGAGCACAUACACAUAAUCAAGAAUGACAAAAUGUAUGUCUACAAUAUAUCACACAAACCUGAAGAGCCUCACGCACUCCGAGAUGGUUACCCCAAUGUGAAGGAGUCACUGGGUAUUGAAGGUCACAUAGAUGCUGCCUUUAUUUGCCCUAAUGAACACAUUGUUUAUGUCAUCCAAGGUAACAACAUAUAUGAAGUGAACUUGGGAGUACAUCCACAUACCCAUUCUGAGGCAAAACCUAUCCCAUUUAAGCAUGUGGAUACUGUCAUGUGUGGAGCAAAUGGUGUGUCAGUAGUGAUUGAUGAUGAUUUCUACCACUAUGCUUCCCCUGCUAUAUUCAUUACUGCCAGAAUCUUGCCUGGGAAGCAAGAUGUAGCCAAAGAACUGCUCGGCUGUGACCAUCAUGUGUGAAAGAAAAGAGAAGAUACCACCACAUCUAGAGGAGAACCAUACACCUUCUAUCUUCUCAAUGAUGUGAGAUUCAAGUAGUGUUUGGCCUCAAAUGUAUUUUCCUACCUCUGGUGCUCUGUUUAAAUAAGCCUGAAUUUUAUUCUACAAACUGCAAAUUAAGCUAUGUCUCUCUCUCUUUUUAAAUAGCUGAAUCAAUACAACAAAGCUAUUAUGUCUCUGUCAGGGCUGUUGGUAAACAUAGAGAACCACCUUGUGCACUUUGUGGCUGAUGAAUAAACUAAAGUAAAAAAAAACA